AUGAAACGUUCGCAGAAUAUUGCCCAAACGAUUGCGGAGAGCUCUGCGGGCUCGUCUGGGUCGCCUCUGACUGCAGUGAAGACGGCGAUAGAGGACAGUGUCUCCGCGUUGUCUCGGCUGUACGAAGCCUCUCGGAAGUACGGCCUGUCUCUGGCGCAAGGGGUACAGAAGGAACGGCCUCCUUUUUUUUCAGAGGAGGAGAUGCAGUUGCUGGAGGAUGACUUGGGCAAGGGCUUCAGGGAAUUUAUGGAUUUUCGCGAGCAGAACAUGAAAUCUUCCUUCCCGAUAUUUGUGCAGAAGGCGGAGAAGGCGGCGGUGAAUCUAGAGGCGCUGCGGCGCCUCGAAACCACGGAUGACCUACAUUUGCUGGUGGCGGUUGCUAGAAAUCUAGAAACGGUCAAGGUAGUUAGUGAUGCCGUGCAGAUAUUAUCUAGGUCUUCUGAUAUCAUCAGGUCCAGUGCAGCAGCAGUGCUGCGCAGGCAGCACCAGCGGGAGCACGCAUCCAUACGGCGCGACCUAGAAGGGAAACUAGGGGAAUUGCACAUUCUGUGUAAACUGGAGCGGCGCCGAAGGCAGCUCCAACCCGAACAAGAUCCCAGCGUCUCAAAGGCCCUCGACUGCCUUGAAGACCAGCUGAACAUAUGCGAGCAGCAGCUUCAGAAACACAAGGAGAUGAUCGAGCGGAUGGAAGAGGCAGACAAUAUUCUCUUGGCAAGCAACGUGGAGCAGCAGGCCAGGACGGUAGUUGACAGCCUGAAGGCCUUGCUGGAAGCUGCCGCCAGCGACAGGAGUUCGAUUCCCGGUGCCUUGAGCGGGACAGAAGCCGCCCAGAGCGAGGAAAUGCAGAGUCACCGUACGGCAGUGGCCUACAGGGCCAUCGUAAGCGCGGCAGCGCAACGAGGGAAGGCAAUUGAAAUGCUAAGCGUGGCGGAAACGCACGGGCCCGUAGAUUUCAUCUUGCCAUGGAAUCGGGGAGGGGAGGGAAGCAAACAACCUCAGCCACCGAGGCGUGUGAAUGCCAAAUUGAAGAAGCUCAUGGACAAGGCGUUCAGGCAGGUUGUGGAUGCAAAUGCUGCUAUGCGCAAGCCUCUUAAUGCAGACGAAGAGACGGAGGAGGGACGCAGCAGCUCAGAGAUCCUUAUGGAGGAAAUGUUGCGUGCAUCGCGAAAGGCCGCAAAGGCUUCAGAGGCCUUCGUCCACGAUGUGGAGCUUAUGUGGCUGCGUGCGCAGCUUAACAACUCCCUGGACCUCGACAUGCAGGUGAGUUCCACCUUGGUGCAGAAAGCAGCCGCCGUAGUACGCAUGGCAGAAGUGGAGAAGGACCAAAUGCAGCGCUGGGGUGUUGAAAUGUCUGCCGAUGAUAUUCAAAAAGUUAACAAUAUGCUGGAGCAGUUCAAGGAUCUCGAGGAGGACGCGCAGUCUGCUAAUGCUCUCAAUGAAAUGGCUUCAGCAGCAGCAAAGAUGAAGGAGGCGGCCUUACAAAUCACGACUUUUGUUGAGGAAUGUGAGAAGCAACCAACGAGACGCUAA